UUAAGCUAGUUUUUGCGGUCAGUGUCUUACUAUGGAGUUAGGAAGCAGGAGGCCAAAAAUUAGGCGUUGCCCAUUGACAUUAAUGGUGUCCGUUGGCAAUAUCACAGAUACAAAUCUUAAAUCUUUGCAAUUGACUAGCCGGUUCUGAUUAAGAUUCGCCAAAAUUUCGCUCUCUUUCUUCUCUCCUUCCCCAUGAUGCUGAGCAUUAGGCACUACCCACCAUUAGCAGAGUCGCCUACGCAGAACCUAUCCGUAACAGAUUAAUUGAGCGCAAGUUGUUACCUGUAAGUGAAAAGGAUUCACUGAUACGUGAAGCCAAUGCUAACAAGUUAAAUGUUUGAGAGAGGUUAAGUUGGGAGAGGCAAUGGAAUUUGGCGAAGCAGAGGCAGAAGCAGAACAGAGAAUUGAAAGCACAGAAACGAACUAUAGAGAAGCAAUGAGGGUUGCAGCUUAGCAAGGAGAAACACCAUGAGACGAUUCGUUCCUGUUAUUAGCUUUACGUCGUCAAAGAUACUCACAGGUACUGGAGAAUUUUGGUGCAGGUAAAAUGACCUGAUCUCUCUCUCUCUCCAGUAUGAAGAGGGAGAGUCAAAGACAGAGAGAGGAAAGAGAAGGCUCUGGCUUUUCUACCCGCCAACCGAGAAAAGGCAAAUAAGAGAGCGAGAGUUUGACGAUCGAAACAAAAAGGAAGCAGCCCAAAGUCUCUCUCUCUCUCUCUCUCUGAGGCUUUGAGCUGGCCAUUUACCUGCAGAAUACUACCUUGCACGUAGAGAGAGAAAUAGAAGGGGAGGAGGACUCUGGAGGCGAUACCUGAAUGCGAUGGGCAACGGCGUCUCCUCUACCCUCCUCCCCUGCAUCAAAGCCGAAGAUGGUGGCCGCUCCAACGUCCACUUUCCCUACCCCUCUGAGGACCCUCCCCUGGACGAGACCCUCGGUCACUCAUUCUGCUACGUCCGCCACGCCCCCGGCCUUUCCUCCUCAGACUCCGCUCGCUUCUCGCCUUCCACCUCCGGCCGUCUCACCUCUUCUUCUGCUGCUGCCGCAGAGACGACCUUCCGCUCGAUUUCUGGCGCGUCCGUGAGUGCCAACUUGUCUGCUCCAACCGCCGUCUUCUCUUCCCAUGGCCGCCGCAAGCUCAGUAGCGGCGGCGGCGGCAGCCUGGGCUCCCUUGACGCUGGUGGCGAUUGUGGACUCAAUGGGGGCGGCAAGAAUGGCGACAAUUUCUUCGUUGGCAGCUCGUUCUUUAGCUCGAUCCCGCUGCAGCCGGUCCCUAGGGUGCCGGCUCAGCAGAACCAGGAAUUCGGCAUUUCUGGUAGGUUCGAGAGGGGCUUCAUGUCCGGGCCGCUGGAGAGAGGAGCCUACUCAGGCCCGCUGGAUAGAGCGGAUAGCUUCCAUUUCUCGGCGCCAUUGGGUAAGAAAAAGAAGAGGAAAGGCUUAUCUGCUGUUGCUCUAAAGAGGGCAUUCCACAGAAGCUUCUCGGAGAAGAACAGGCCAUGGGUCUUCCCCAUGCUGAAUUUUGCAGGACUGCAUCAAUCUGGCGAUGCUGUUGGUUCCGGUGGCACUACUAUCGAUAACAACGGUAAUUGUGGUAACAGGAGGUGCUGUGAUUAUGGAGAAGAAGAACGGUCAAGUGGGGAGUUUGGGGACAAUCUUCAAUGGGCUCAUGGGAAAGCAGGGGAAGAUAGGGUGCAUGUAGUCGUCUCAGAGGAUAAUGGGUGGCUCUUUGUUGGGAUUUAUGAUGGUUUUAACGGGCCAGAUGCCACUGAUUUUCUGAUGUCUAACCUUUACCAGGCGAUCUUCGACGAACUCGAGGGUGUGUUUUGGGAGGCCAGAGAGGAUUCUUCUUCCAAGUGUGCAGAAUUCAAUGAAAGGAUGGGUGAAACCGUGGAGAAUUCGAAGGUAGGCGGUAAUAAGCAAGGCCCUUGUUCGGAAAAGGACGAGAAGAGGCUGCAGGACGAUGGUUGCGGCGACUCCAUGAAAGAAGAAGGCGGCUGGAUUGAGAACAGGGACAGAGAUGAUGGGAGGCAGGAAAUAUUAGUAGUUGCAGAAGAAAAGUGUAGCGAGAGAUUACCCGAUUCACAUCCGGCUGAUGGGUCCACCAAAAGGGCGACCUUACAUGAAAAGCCAGUGGAGGUGAAAAGGGGGAAGCUCUUGCAGGAACUGCUUGCGGAAGAAGGUGACGCUGCAUAUAGAUUUUGGGCCGCUCGUGAUUUCCCGGUUGUAGGUCGACAGAUGGUGAAGGAUCAUGGUUUUCAGGGAACAUCAGCAGGGGAGGUGAAGGAGGAAGAUGGAUGGAAUGGGAGUGGUGCAUCUGCACCUGCUUCGGCCACGCAAAGAAAGGGGAGAUCAUUGCUCUUCUCAAAGCUAAAACGCAGCUUUUCCAAGCACAAGCAGAAUCAGAGGAAGUUGUCCCGCUGGUCAUAUGAUUUUGACAAAGAGAAAUUUGAGGUUGAGAACCAAUUUGACGGAACAACGAAAGGCAGUUGCCGGAAAUGCACAACCGAAGGAAUUGAUCAUGAAGCUGUCCUGAAGGCUCUCUCUAAGGGGCUUGAAACGACUGAACGUGCAUAUUUAGAUAUGACAGAUAAGGCACUUGAUCAGAACCCUGAGUUGGCGUUGGUGGGUUCUUGUCUGUUGGUGGUCUUAAUGAAGGAUGAGGAUGUGUACGUUAUGAAUGUUGGCGAUAGCCGUGCUAUAGUGGCACAGGGCCAAACAGAUCAGAAUGAUUCCAUCAGGACAUCAAACGAGAAGAGAGAUGCUGGUUCAGUCUUGGAAGGAAUCCAUGAAGAUGCCUCUGAUCUUUGUGGAAGCUUAAGUUGUGAAGAGGCUGAACUUUCUGCUCAAUUGAUGAAGUUGACAGCUUUGCAGUUGUCCACUGAUCACAGUACUAGCAUCGAAGAAGAGGUUUUGAGAAUCAAGAGAGAACAUCCAGAUGACAGCCGAUGCAUUGUUAAUGACAGAGUCAAAGGUCGUUUGAAAGUUACUCGGGCCUUUGGUGCUGGAUUUCUCAAACAGGCAAAGUGGAACAACGCACUACUUGGAAUGUUUCGCAGUGAAUAUAUUGGUACUGCACCAUAUAUCUCAUGUUCACCUUCUCUUUCUCAUCAUAGAAUUGGUCCCAAAGACCAAUUCCUGGUUCUCUCAUCUGAUGGAUUAUAUCAGUAUUUAAGCAAUGAGGAAGUGGUUUCUCACGUUGGGAAUUUCAUGGAGAAGUUUACUGAUGGAGAUCCUGCACAGUACUUAAUCGAGGAGCUUCUUUUCAGAGCUGCAAAGAAAGCUGGCAUGGAUUUCCAUGAGUUAUUGGAUAUACCACAGGGUGACCGCAGGAAAUACCAUGAUGAUGUCACAGUCAUGGUCAUAUCUCUUGAAGGAAGAAUAUGGAAGUCCUCAGGGAAAUACUAGGGAUUGUUUAAUGAGGAUACGAUGUCGUCUGAUGGUUUUCUUGGAGUAGUGAUCGUGGCAUCUUCUUUAUCAGUCUCUAACUCUAGCCUCAAGUUCAGGUAGCCUAACUGACCUGUGAUUAUCAAUCUCAUGGUGAACCCGAAGCAUUGGUGAUUUUUCUACCCUAAAACAAGGACUUCCGAUGGAAUUCUUGGAGUAUAUCAACUCUGGCAUCUGCUGAUCCGCCUGCUCGUCUAGUCUUAAGUUGCAGAAAGAUGAGUUGCAGAAAGAUGUUAGUGUUGCCUGACUGAACUGUGUUCCUCAUAAUCAUUACAGUGAUGCCAAAUUACCAUUGGGGUUGGUCAUGGCCUACGGAGAAAAUUCCAGGGCAUUCAAAGCUAAUGGUUCUUGGUGCCGACCAACGCAAGUUUGAAACUCAUCAGAAAACCCUUUGAUUCAGCUCCGACGAAGAGACUUCUUGCCUAUCUGAUCGAGCCUCUCGGUGAAGGAAAAUUCCUACAGGCAUAAAGAGACGGUAUACGUUGUGCAGGCUAUUGCUGUUUUUUUAUUCUUUUUGUUUCAUAGUUUCAGAGUAAAGUGAUGCUCAUCUCGAGCCUUUGUCGAGUGUCUGCAAUGCAGGCGGUCUUUUGUAGUUUUCCUCUUUCUUUUUGGUUUUAAUAUUAUAUAUCUUCCUUUUGUGUUUAAGCUCCCGUAGAGCUCAAUAGGAGGGAUUAAGAACACGCUGUACCCUUGUAUAAUAUGGAGAUGCGAACACUGAGCUAAAAUUUUACCUAA